AUCAAGGGAAAUAUGUAAAUGGAAAUUUCAAUAUUUUAAAAUCUCCGACUAGAUUAAGGCAUUGGCGGAUCUGGAAGCCCUCGUACCUGAUGCCCUCGUUUAUUUCAGGUGGGAAGUUAAAAAGAGUGUUUGUUGUUUAUUUGAAGCGAUUUGGUUAGACGCAGCAGCAGCAGGAAGGAGAAAGAAAUGAGCAUGGAAUCGAAGAAGAGGAAAACGGAAGGCGAGGAGAAUGGUCUGGGAGAAGAAGAGGCAGAGAUAGAUGUCGACACCGCGCGCAAAAUGAUGGAGGGCUUUUCCAAGGAGCAGCUUCUCGACAUUCUCGCCGAGGCCUCUGCAAAGCACAGUGACGUUGCAGAGCAAGUGCGGGACAUCGCAGAUGCUGACCCAGCACUUCGAAAGCUUUUCGUCAGAAACCUGGGAUUCGAUACCACCACUGAAUCCUUCAAGGCAUUCUUUUCCCAGUUUGGGGAAGUGCAGGAAGGCGUGGUGAUAAUAGACAAGAAAACGGGUAAGAGUAAGGGUUAUGGCUUUCUGACCUUCAAGCACCUUGAUGGCGCUCUCAAUGCCCUCAAGGAGCCCAGUAAGAUCAUCGAUGGCCGCAUGACCGUCACACGCUUGGCGUCUUCUCAGCCAGGCGCCAUCGAUGUUUCCGACCGCAAGAUCUUCGUCGGAAACGUCCCCACGGACAUGCCCUCUGACCGUCUUUUAAGCCUGUUUUCUGAGUACGGCGAAAUCGAGGAAGGGCCGCUGGGGUUUGACAAGCAGCCUGGUAAGUCGAGGAGUUUUGCGUUGUUCAUUUUCAAGACAGCGGAGGGCGCAAAGCUUGCUUUAGAGGAGCCCGUAAAGAUUGUGGACGGUAAUAGGAUGUUCUGCAAAUUAGCCGCCGAAGGGCAGCAAUAUCAGCAGCAGCAGCAGCAAAGGCCCCCUAUGAAUCAGAUGCAGACGCAGUCUCAGCCUCAGCCUCAUCAUCAUCUCGGUUCAUCUAUGCAGAUUGGUGGUGGUUUUGCCAAUGCGGGUUACAAUACGUAUCAGGGUUUGAGCCACAAUGGAAUGUCACGUACCCCAACUCCAGGCAACAUUCCUGGCGGUUCUAUGAUGCAUUCGGGAAACCCUUCUUUCGUGAACCAGGGUUUGCCUUCAAACCCUAAUACAUCAAACCCAGUACCCUCGUCUUUGGGAAUGAGUGGUGGAUAUGCAGGAGGUUACGGCGCUCCUCAGGUUGGAGCAUAUAGCGGGAGUCAAGGAGCGGGAGCAUAUGGUCAUAUGGGUGGCUAUGGGGGCCCUCCUGUUUAUGGGGGUCCCGCCCCUCCUAGUUCGGGUGUAUUUCCAGAAACAGGCCGGAGUGCCCAGCCAUCCUAUCAAAAUCAAAAUCAACACCAACAGUCAGGGCCACCCGUAAACAGGGUUCCUAGCGGAGGAAUGUAUCCCAACGCUGCUCAACCGUUUCAUCCAGUAUAGUGGUGAAGUUUCCAAGAAAUAUGUCAAGAAUGCUACUGCUUUAUGAGGAAAAUUUAAGUGGAGAUGCAAUACAGAUGAUAUCUCGAGUAGCACUGAUCACCAGAGUGGAUUUGGUGAGUGGUAAGUUGGGUGUGAAGAUCAGGGAGGUAGGCAUGUGAUACUUCUGGAAACUGUGUUAAAAUUAACCCCACAAAAUAAUGCUGCAAUCUAUAAGAUAAUUGAUGGUCUGGUUAGCGCUGGGAUCAUUUUUUUUUCAUGUUGUUGACAACAUUAAGAGAAUGGUAUUUUUUCUAUAACGUUCUGAAGCUAUAACCUAUAUAUGCUUUAUCAAUUUAAGCCAACAUAAGUUCUAGUUUUGAGGUCCUUUUUGAUUAUUUUGGGAAUCUAAAUGCUAGCAUGACUAGCUAAUGAUCGCUACACAUGGACAAGUAGUAUCAAUGUAGAAAACGAAGUGACCAGACAUUAGAUUACAGAAUAGCUAUACUGAGUAUUUAUGAACCUCAAUAACUAGUUCAAGGGGCACAACAUGCUUGUUUUACAAGAAUUUGAAUUGAGCAAAAGCUACAAAGUUAGUACCUAUAUAGAAAGUAAAGAAACCAAAAUUUCGAAUGCCAAAUAGCUAUGUAGCCAUGUUGAAAAAAGCUGCAAAUGUCAACUACUUUAACUUUUAGUUCAAGAACCUUGAUAAGGUAAUGUGAGAUCAUAGCUUUAUAAGCACUAAUCAUAAUGCUUGUAGAAAUGUAAAAGCAGAUCUGCAUGCUAGGUAUAGUCUGCUGGAAGUUAAAACAAAACACAGAUCUCACCAUGAUUUUGGCAGGCAUGCAAAUAUAGAUAUAGUCUGCUGGAAGUUAAAACAAAACAGAUCUCACCAUAAUUUUGGUAGGCAUGCAAAUAUAGAUCUGCCCAGAGUUAAAAAAGAAAAUAAAUGGAGAAAAGAUUUUCAACAAGUAGAGGUGAAUUUGCGCUAGUGGCACUUAGAUGUGGUAAAGGUAUAGAAUAAUUUGUACUAGCUGUUGGCAAAAUAUCUCCCAAAGAAAAUGUAGGAUAAAAAAUGCCAUUUUUUUGGUUGCUUGGGUUAGGCAUAGGUUAGGCAUAGAAGUACUCGGUGCGUCAAUGUUUGGAGAUGAAAAGCUGGAAAAGGGCAUUUGCCAAAUUUAAUGACAAUUUAAGAAACACAAUCUCAAAAGUUUUGCACUAGCAAGCUCAUAGACGAUCACAAUCGAAGAGAAUUUGAAUUGACCAAAAGCACCGUGAAGGGUUUAACUAUUCAACUAAAAUUAUGUUACCCGCAUAUAAUAAUAACAACAAUUCUAAGAGCCGAUUAAUAUAUUUGCCACUCACAUUGCAUAGCUUUAGUUGACUUCAUUAUUUGACUGGAUAUAUUAAGAAUUAUUGUGAUUUCUUCAGUACUCUUGCAAUGAUCUAGUGAACAUUUUUUUGAGGAUGUAUUUUAAAUUCUUAUAAAAAAUAUGAGAAUUGAUAAAAAAAUUAUUACAAAUAUAAGGUACGUGAAAGGUGAAAAUGACAGCUUUUUGAAUAUUCUUGAAUAUUCUACCUACUUGAGCUUUGUUAUCUAAUACAUGAGACAUGAGUGAUUGAAUCAAGAUGAACAUCUUAUAUAAGAAAUAUAAUAAACUAUUUGAAAAUGAGUAUUAGAAAGAUAUUAUAAAAUGAAAAAAAUUAGUAGUUAGAAAUAAACUUUUAAUUGGAUAGAGUUUCUUUUACUCAUUUUUUUCUAAGUUCACUUGAAUAUUGCCUUGCUUGGUUUUGUAUCUAGAAUCGUUGGUGAUUCUAUGUUGGAAUCGUCGUUGAUUUUAUGUUGGAACCUUUGACAAAAAGUGAAUUUCUUUUAUAUAGGCGAGUUUGAUUGUAGAAUAAAUAGUCUUAUUAUUUUCACCUUUUGAUAUUCAGGAUGGCAGAGGAUGGUUUGGUUCAUUCCACAUCAACCACUUGUAUUUUAGUGGUAUAUGAUGCAGACAUUCAAGCACCUACAAAGAAAGGUCUUCAAUCUACUUUUUCCUAGAAUACUAUUGUAAUAAAACACAAAAUACUAGAAUAGUACAAUACAAUUGAACAUAAAAUGGUAAAGCAUGGUAAAUAUAUCAAAAGGCAACAAAUAACUUUUGUGUUCUAAUCACUCAAUUCUUAUCUAGCCUCCCAUCAAGCUCGAAGUUUAUUUACAUCUAUCGUUUUAUUGUUCCAUAAUUGUCAUAUGUAAGUGUUGAUGGCAUCCCCUCUACCAAAAAUUAACUACUCUUCAAUCUGUUUUUUUAGCCCCCCUUUUAGAUCAUUACAUAUCUUCAACUUGAAAUAUCCUUUCUUUGAUUGUAGAUUACAUUCCCCUAAUUUAACUAUUCAUGUAAUUGAUGUUUCCCAAAAAGACAAGAAGCCAUUUUUAAACAGAGAAAAUACAAUGAGUUGACUUUUGAUUUUGAGGAAUUAGUUUGACUUCUCUUGUUUUUGAAGAAUCAAUUUAUAUCAUUCCAGCUUGUUCAAAAUUUUGAAUAUAUGGCUUGAAGCCAAUUUACAUGAAAACAAACUUCAACAAGGUUGAUACACCAAUAAAUUUAAGGACUCAAUUAUUACAUUUUUUUCUUUUUUGGUGAUUGGAGGAAAAUAUCCAAGUAAAGAGUUUGGAAGAGAUGGUACAACCAUUUUUUUGACUUGAAGAACUAAGCCACAAUGUUCCCUUCUAUUAAAUUAAAUACCUUACCAAUCAUCACAUUUUUUCUUCAUUUGUUUCCAAUCUUUUGUUUGAUCGAAGAUCCUCCUUAGGUAAUUGAUUCUUGUUUUCUUUUGCCAUUUUUUGAAUGCUUGGUGGUCCUCCUUUAUUGUAAACCAUAAUGGUAUUUGCAUCACAUGUACCAUCUUUUGUUGUACUUGCUCGUAAACAAUUAAAACCAAAAUCUAUCAUAUGAGUUUCCUCAUUCUUUGCAUUAUGCCAUUUAGGCAUGCUUUCAUCCUUUAUGAGGUCUUUGUUUCUUAGCUCUGCUUGAUGUUAACAAUACAAUUCUUUUUUUGCAUUUGCCCUUGUGUGCUUUUAUUCCUUCCUCUUGGUUAUUCUCCUUAUUUCCUUGAGAAAGUGAUGAUCUCUUAUAGUCUUUUCAUCAAUAUUGAGAUUUUUUAGAUGAUCAUCUAGCUCCUCUUGGUUGGUUGUGGUAUCUAGAUUAAAUUAUUGUUCGCAUAUGGGGUUCACAUAGAUCUUUACUUUUGCAAUAGCUUCAUAUCUAUUGUCUUCAACCUUCCCUUGUGAUAGGCUGCAUCACUCUUCAAUGCAGUUGUCAAGCUCCUCUUACAUUGUAAUCUUCAAUUUUUUUUUAAUUUAAUAUUUAGUCUAUUCAUCUA